CUUAUCCGCAUGUGGGAGGAGCUGUUUGGGGUGUUGUGGAUCUAUCUGUAAAGGGAAAAAAAUUCAGUGGGAGUGAUAGUCAGCGCUUCUGUUUCUUAUUGACAUAUUACAGUUCAAAUUGAUACGAAUUGAAAUAGCUAACUAUAGCCAUGCCUGGAAUAGAUAAAUUACCAAUAGAGGAGACAUUCGAGGACAGUCCGCAGACGCGCUCCCUGCUCGGUGUGUUUGAGGAGGAUGCAGCUGCUAUAUCUAAAUACUCCCAGCAGCUCUUCCAGGCCAUGCACAGAAUCUACGAUGCACAGAAUGAGUUGAGUGCUGCCACCCAUCUCACCUCCAAGCUUCUGAAGGAGUAUGAGAAACAGCGUUUCCCUCUUUGCAGCGACGACGAGGUCAUGAGCUCCACUCUGCAGCAGUUUGCCAAAGUCAUAGACGAGCUGAGUUCCUGUCAUGCAGUGCUGUCCACUCAGCUGGCUGACGCCAUGAUGUUUCCCAUCACUCAGUUUAAGGAGAGGGACUUAAAAGAGAUCCUGACCCUGAAGGAAGUGUUCCAGAUAGCCAGCGAUGAUCACGACGUGGCCAUCAACAGAUACAGCCGUCUCUCUAAACGGAGGGACAAUGAGAAGGUGAAGGGCGAGGUGAUGGAGGAUGUGUACACCUCCAGGAAGAAGCAGCACCAGACCAUGAUGCACUACUUCACAGCCCUCAACACGCUGCAGUACAAGAAGAAGAUGUCCCUGCUGGAGCCACUGCUGGGAUACAUGCAAGCACAGAUCAGCUUCUUCAAGCUGGGAUCAGAGAACCUCACCCAGCAGUGGGAAGACUUCCUCACCGACAUAGGAACCAGUGUUCAGAAUGUCCGCAGGGAGAUGGCCGGGGAGGUGGAUGUGAUGCAACAGACCAUCCAGGAUAUGGAGCAGGCCAAUGACCUCCUCUACAUGCCCGACCCAGACCCCAGCCUGGUUCCUGUCAACCGCAACCUCACACGCAAGGCCGGCUACCUCAACACUCGCAAUAAAACGGGCCUAGUGUCUUCAUCCUGGGAGCGGCAGUACUUCUUCACCCAGGGAGGGAACCUGAUGAGCCAGGCGCGGGGGGACGUGGCGGGSGGUCUUGUCAUGGAUAUAGACAACUGCUCCGUCAUGGCCGUGGACUGUGAGGACCGACGCUUCUGCUUCCAGAUCACAUCCUUCGACGGCAAGAAAGUGGCCAUCUUGCAGGCAGAGAGCAGGAAGGAUUGUGAAGAGUGGAUUGCAACGAUUAACAACAUCUCAAAGAGGAUAUAUCUCAGUGAGAACCCAGAGGAAAUCGCAGCCAGAGUGAACCAAUCAGCUCUUGAGGCUGUGACACCGUCUCCCUCAUUCCAGCAGAGGCAUGAGAGUAUGCGGCCGAGCACACAAGGGCGGCCACCGGCAGCGCGGGCCAGCAGUGUGAGCUCGGCAGGCUCUGAGACGGCCUCCCCGGCCCUCUCCGUCCUCUCCUUGGACGCACUGGUGGCUCCAAACACGCCGAUCCAGUUUGACAUCAUCUCUCCAGUCAGCGAGGAGGACGCAGGACAGGCGAAGGCUGUCGGACUGGGAAGAAGGACCAAUCCUUUUGGUGAAUCAGGAGGCACACCAGCUGAGGAGAGUGAAGGCUCUAUCCUGCACCAGCUGUUCAUUGCGCAUUUCCUGGGCUGUAUGGAGGUGAAAAAUGCGGACAGCUCUGACGUCAUCUAUGAGACCAUGAGACAGAUCCUAGCAGCCAGAGCCAUACACAACAUCUUCAGGAUGACGGAGUCUCACCUGCUGGUCACCUGCGAAUGCCUCAAGCUAAUCGAUCCUCAGACACAAAUCACACGGCUGAGGUUCCCUCUCUCCAGCGUGGUGUUGUGUGCUGCCCACCAGGAGAACAAGCGUCUGUUUGGAUUUGUUCUGCAGACAGCAGAAGGCAGGGUGGACGGACGACCAAUCAUUGUCUGCUACAUCUUUGAGUCCAACAAUGAUGGGGAAAAGAUCUGUGACAGUGUGGGGCUGGCCAAACAGAUAGCUUUCCACUCAGAGAUGGAUCGCAAAGCCACGGAGAAGAAGAAGGAGCGGGACAAGGCCAAGGAGAAACAGCAGGAGGAGCUGAGUAAACAGAAACAGAUAGAAAAGGACCUAGAGGAACAGAGCCGUUUGAUUGCCGCCUUCAGUCGCCCCACCCCCCUUGCCGCUGGCACUGACGGACAGUUCCUGGUGCUGAGCAACAGCCAGUCAGAGGACAGCGAUGCAGGAGUGGAGGGGCGGGAGAAGGAAUUGGAACCAACGCAACGGAGAAGUCACACCAUAGUCAAUAGACCAUCGGAGCCUUCCUCAGAGAUAAAGGGGACAGAAGAUGAGCAGAAGCUCAACUGUAAACAACACUUUACGGAGUCCUACAGGAGAACAUUAAACUGGUACAUUGGGCGCAGGCCGCGGACGGCUUUCAGUAGCACACAGAUUGAAGUCUUGGAGGGUGUGUUUCUCAUCAACUCAUACCCGGGUAUUGACAUCAGAGAAGAACUGGCACAAAGGUUACAUCUGGAUGAGGAUAGAAUACAGAUCUGGUUUCAGAACCGCAGGGCCAAGCUGAAACGUUUUCACAGAGAGUCACAGUUCCUCAUGGUGAAAAAAGCCUUCGCAGAUCUCAAGGACAAAGAAGAGGAAGAGUCCUUAUGAUAAACACAGACCUUAUAGGGGCCUUAAUUACCUUAAUUAAGGACCUCUCGCCCUCUCUUUCUCUCUCUCUCUCUCUCUCUCUCUUUCUAUAUAUAUAUUUAAUAUAUUCUGAUGUGAAUGUACAUUUUUCUAGGGCAGCGUUUCCCAAACUCGGUCCUCGGGUCCCCAAGGGGUGCACGUUUAGCUUUUUGCCUUAGCGCUCCUAACAUUACACAGCUGAUUCAAAUAAUCCAAGCUUGAUGAUGAGUUGAUUAUAUGAAUCAGCUGUGUAGUGCURGGGCAAAAAGUCAACAAAACCUGCACCGAGUUUGGGAAACCCUGUUCUAGGGUAUGUUCAUUUUUAUAAACCGAUAAGACCAUUGUCAAAUACAUUUGUGGUUACGGCGUUUAUUGAGCUAUAUUGGCAAAAAAAAAAAUGUUCUCCAACAAUAGAAUACAUUUCUGUAAGUUUAGAUGAUUAAAUUAUUUAGUUUGCAAGCAGCUGCAGGUUGUGGGUGUUCCCAGAACGUCCAGAGAUAAGCUCUCCUUAUUGUUUGAGAAACACCCCGGUAGGAACCAAUUUGUCUCCUUCAGUAGCGCCUCAGCAAGGCAAUUAAGUUUAGGGGAGUGAGAGACAAAAGAGUAGCAGUGAGGCAGCCUGCCCUGCAGGCAACAGGAAGGAGAUAGUAUAAAGGUUUAGAUCGUAGAGAAAGCUUUGAGAAAAGAAAGGAAAAGAAAGAAAGAAAAGUAUAUUUAAGAUKAUUUCAGAUAAUUGCAUUUAUGCUUGGCAGGCACCUCUCUUUUCUGACUAAAGAAGUAGGCCCAUAUAUUUCUACUUGUGGUGUCAUGCAGUAAAAUAAAGAUAAGGAACAGGGAAUUUAAGUUUACAACUCAAACCAAUAGGCAACCUCUUGACUAACCCACUACUCUGCUAACAUGGUAUGGCUGCAGUUUCACUGUCUUAACACAGGAGGGUGCUAAAGAAUAUCAAARGAUUCUCUCUGUCUCUCUCCCCCCUUUCUCUCUGUCUAGUCCUUUGCCCCCUAUUCUGAAUCUCUGAGUCUAUUCUACACCAAUA